UUUCCUCCUGCUCUGGAAGGAUGUGAGAAGCACCUUGCAGAGGUAUGAGAAAAGAGAGAGUCCAGAGAAGCCACUGCCUUUCCCUCCAGAGCUGAGGAACAGGGUCUUGGAAUCCUGUGAUCUAAAUCACCUUGUGGAGGAUGCCAUGAAACAAUGGGAAGAUGCUGUGUUAUACAGAAAACAGACUCAGAAAGCAAAUGUCACUCUGGAUCCAGACACAGCCCAUCCCAGCCUCAUCCUGUCGGAGGAUCAGAAAAGCCUGAGAUGGGGAGACAAACCUCAAGCCCUGCCUGACCAUCCGGAGAGAUUCAGAUGCGACCCUUGUGUGUUGGGACGGGAGGGAUUCACAGCAGGCAGACAUUUCUGGGAAGUCACUGUGGGAAGUGGGGGGGGGGUCUGUGGGGGUCGCCAGGAAGUCUGUGGGGAGAAAGGGGUGCCUCCCCUUUAGGCCUGAGGAGGGGAAUUCAGGAGGGAAGUACCAGGCCUUCACCUCCCCUGAACCCUCUCCUCUUUCCCUGAGGGAGGAUCCGGGUGACUCUGGACUAUGAAGGGGGACGUGUGUCUUUUUCUGACGCCGAACUCUGCACGUUCUCAGGAGCCUCGUUCUCGGGAGAGAGCCUCCUCCCUUUCUUUCAUCUGAGGGGAAAUGAAACCCACCUCAGGAUCUCCUGAGGAGACUAGAUCUGCCUCUCAGGCCCAGCAGGAGUUUCUCUCCAGACCAGAGGGACGGACAUUUACCCACCAGGAGAACCUGGGGCAGUUUUUCAAGGGCCCUUUGAGAAGAUUCCUUUUCCUUCCUUUCCCCACAAUUCCCUCUGCAGCUUGCUUCUUCUGAAAGAGGCAGUCACACUUUUAACAGUCCCAAUAAAUCAUCUUUUCCUCA